GGUUUUAUCGAGAUGGAGGGAUAACUUAUUUAUUUAAUAACAUAAUAUCAGUAGAAGAAAUUUAUUAACAUAAGAAAUUCAAUUUACAUUAUAUGGAAUUUCCUGUCAGCUGACUUGGUAGUGGGUGACCACGAUCCGCCAUUUUAUCCAACAAGAUGGAUCCUGAUCUCAGUUUCCAGGACGUGGUACGGUGUGACUUUUGUACAGAUAACGUUGUACAGAAUUAUUGUGACUUCUGUCAUGUCAAACUAUGCAAGCUAUGUAUAGGAGAACACAUCUCAGAUGAAUAUGACAAACAUAAAAUUGUCCCAUUCAAGCAACGAAAAUCCACCCUGAUUUUUCCAAAUUGUAAGAAACAUUCGAAAGAAACAUGCAAACUGCAAUGCAUGUCAUGUAACAAUUCUAUUUGCGCCAAAUGCUUGAUAUUAAAAGAACACAAAGAUCAUAAUGUAGUAGACUUAGAAGACAGCUACAAUUCGAAGAAAGAAAACAUUAAAAAAGAUACAGAAGAAAUAGAAAAUGUAAUUUCUCCAACAUAUGAAGAAAUAAGAAAAUCAUUGGAGAGCCAGAUUGUCAGCCUAGAUGGAGAGUAUGGAAAAAUUAUAAUAAUAAUGUCCAAACAAGGAGAGGAAUGGCAUAAAGAAAUUGAUAGAGCUAUCGAACAAAUGAAGAACGAAAUAAACGAGAUCAAAGUAAGCCAUCGGGGCAUCUUGGUGAAGCAUUUAAAAGAGAUAAAACAAAUAGAGACUAUGAUAAAGGAAAACUUAUCAACUUUGAAGGACCUACAGAGGGAAUCCAAUGUCGUGUCUAGAAUCAUAGAAUACAGUUCAAGAAACAACGAAUUUGGUAAACUUCCUCCAAAAAUUCAUGUGACAAUGCCUACAUUUUGUCCGAGACCAGUGGAUAGAAUAGAAGCUAAAAAAUUGAUUGGAUCCAUUAAACCUCUAACAUCUACCACAAAUGAAAAUGGCUACACCUUGAGGAAACAAAGGGGGUCCUCCAGAGAACUGUUGGAUACACCAGUGAUCAUCAACAAGUUUAACACAGGGUAUACCAAUCUCAAAAAUGUUUCCUUUUACAGCGAACAAGAAAUUUGGGCGUCUGCUCAAGUUAGCGAAAUAAAAUGCUUCAACAUUAAAGGUAACUCAAUCAAUGCAAUCAAAACAAAGUCUGAAGAAUAUCCUAGUGAUAAAGCAGUAACACGUGAUGGUUGUUUACUGUUUAGUGAUUAUAAAUUGCGCACUGUAAAUAAAGUAGUGAAUGGUCAGAUUAAAGAAAUAAUUACUCUACAGGGAUGGAUACCCCUGUAUCUUUGUGUCACUUCCUCCGAUGAUCUUUUGGUUGUGAUGUGGGAUGAGGACAAACCUCAAUACAAAGUUGUUCGAUACUCAGGCUCAGUUGAGAAACAAACGAUUCAAUAUGAUAAGGACGGUAAACCUCUGUACUCAGAGGCUUACAAAAUAAAAUUCAUAGCAGAAAACAGAAACCUAAAUAUAUGCGUGGCUGACCGUGCAGCCGGUGCAGUGGUUGUUGUUAGUCAGGCUGGGAAACUCCGAUUCCGUUACACCGGUCAUCCAUCAAAGGAGAAUCCGUUUAUUCCUCGUGGCAUCACAACAAACAGUCAGAGUCAGAUAUUGGUAGCAGAUUGUGGCAAUCUCUGUAUCCACAUUCUGGAUCAGGAUGGACAGUUCUUGCGUCAUAUUGAUAACAUAAUGUUCGAUGAUCCUACCGGUAUGUGCGUUGAUACACUUGACAACUUGUUUGUUGCCGAGUACACUACUGGAGAUAUCAAGGUCAUUAAAUAUAUUUAGUAAAAUACAUUGCGUAAAUAGUUGGUACUUGCUUUGACUUAUGCAGAAAAUAAACUGAAUAAUUAAUAAAGCUUCUGUCCGAAACUUUUUGUCUGAUGAUCUGA